AUGAAGCUGUACUGCUUGUCUGGGCAUCCGACUUUACCAUGCAACGUACUCAAGUUCAAAUCUACCACCAUCAUGUUGGACUGUGGGCUCGAUAUGACCUCAGCUCUCAACUUUCUCCCACUGCCUUUGGCCCAGAGUCCAAGGCUAUCCAAGCUCCCAGGAUGGAUCUUAAAAGAUGGAAGCAUUUUCUUGGACAAGGAGCUGAAAGACUGUUCCGGCCGUGUCUUUGUGGACUCUGUUCCCGAGUUUUGUUUGCCAGAGAUGGAACUGAUUGACCUGUCUACAGUGGAUGUGAUCCUGAUUUCCAAUUACCACUGCAUGAUGGCCUUACCCUACAUCACAGAACACACUGGGUUCACUGGAACUGUGUAUGCCACUGAGCCAACAGUGCAGAUUGGCAGGCUUCUUAUGGAGGAAUUGGUCAACUUUAUAGAGCGAGUGCCAAAGGCUCAGUCUGCCUCCUUGUGGAAAAAUAAGGAUGUGCAACGGAUGCUUCCUGCACCCCUGAAAGAUGCUGUUGAAGUUGCAACAUGGAGAAGAUGCUACAACAUGCAGGAAGUUAACUCUGCACUCAGUAAGAUCCAGCUGGUGGGAUAUUCCCAGAAAAUUGAGCUAUUUGGUGCAGUGCAAGUCUCUCCUCUCAGUUCUGGAUAUGCACUGGGCAGCUCCAACUGGAUCAUCCAGUCACAUUAUGAGAAGGUUUCCUAUGUCUCAGGAUCCUCACUUCUUACAACACAUCCACAGCCCAUGGAUCAGGCUUCUCUUAAAAACAGUGAUGUUCUCAUCCUGACUGGACUCACCCAGAUUCCCACAGCCAAUCCAGAUGGAAUGGUGGGCGAAUUCUGCAGUAACCUUGCUCUUACAGUUCGAAAUGGAGGAAAUGUGCUGGUCCCUUGCUACCCCUCUGGAGUGAUCUAUGAUCUUUUGGAGUGUCUCUAUCAGUACAUUGACUCUGCUGGACUUUCCAACAUCCUCUUCUACUUCAUUUCACCUGUGGCAAACAGCUCUCUUGAGUUUUCCCAGAUCUUUGCUGAAUGGUUAUGUCACAACAAGCAGACGAAGGUAUACCUACCAGAACCUCCCUUUCCUCAUGCAGAGCUUAUCCAGUCAAACAAACUGAAGCAUUACCCCAGCAUCCAUGGAGAUUUUAGUAAUGACUUCAAGCAGCCUUGUGUGGUGUUCACUGGUCAUCCCUCACUUCGGUUUGGCGAUGUGGUGCAUUUCAUGGAACUGUGGGGGAAAUCCAGUCUCAACACUGUUAUAUUUACAGAGCCUGACUUCUCUUAUCUGGAUGCAUUGGCCCCCUACCAGCCACUGGCCAUGAAGUGCAUCUACUGUCCUAUAGACACCAGGCUGAAUUUUAUCCAGGUGUCUAAACUACUCAAAGAAGUACAGCCUCUCCAUGUGGUUUGUCCUGAGCAAUAUACUCAGCCUCCUCCAACCCAAUCCCAUCGCACAGAUUUGAUGGUUGACUGCUUGCCUCCACCCAUGUCUUACCGUAGAGCAGAGGUGUUAACUCUUCCAUUCAAACGCCGCUAUGAGAAAAUUGAAAUCACCCCAGAGCUUGCAGAUUCACUGUUACCCACUGAGAUGAAACCAGGUAUUUCCUUGGCAACCGUUAGUGCUGUUUUGCAUACUAAAGAUAACAAGCAUGUGCUCCAGCUCCCACCAAAACUUUCCCAGCCUCAGCCUGGCAAAAAGAGGAAGAGAGUAACAGAUGACCUGCCGGAACUCAAGUCUACCAAACCUCUCUUAAGUGGCUCUAUCCCGGUAGACCAAUUGGUACAGACUCUGGAAAAGCAUGGCUUCAGUGACAUCAAAGUGGAAGACACCCCAAAAGGGCAUCUGGUGCUGUUCCAGGAUGUGGAAACUCUAAUCCGCAUUGAAGAAGAUUCGACCCACAUCAUGUGUGAGAGUGACGAGUCACUUAGGGUGAAGCUGCAGGACUUGGUCCUCAAAUUCCUGCAGAAAUUCUAGACUUUAUCCUGCCAAAGUUACACUCCCUGCUCUCCUUAGCCUUCUGAAGAGGGAGAAGUCUAAACAAGGAUUUGGGGUUACAAGGUGGGUGAGCAAGCUUGAAAAUCAUGUCUGCAGUUGCACACCUUUGAUUUGUGAGAGACUCAACAGGUAGGUUUAUAUGAGCCAAAGUAAGGAGACCUGAUUAAUUCUGUCUAGAUACCUUGCUGUAAAAAUGCCCCUCUGUUUAUUAACUGCAGCGUAAAGGAUGAGAUUUAGCUGAUAUUACAACUGCAGCAGAAUCCAGAACAGCUGAUGAACAGCCUUUCCUGCCAUCUGUCUUUUUUUACUAAAAUUGGGGGAGAAAUAAAUGUUAAAGAUGUAUUUUGUUUCAAGUUUAAUUUUAUUUUUUAAAGUUUGUAAUACUGAACUUCUUUUAAAAAUAAAAUACAGACCUGCAUUGUUUUAACUGAUGGUUCAUCUUAAAUACAUGAUGAACAUAAUUGUAAGAAAUUACGUCUUAGCUGAAGUUAUUCAGAAGCUGCAUUGGACUUUCACAGAUUUAAGUCCCAUGUAUGGGAAGUAGCAUCAGCGAUAGAACAAAUAUUCAGUUCCCCCAAUCUCACCUCAGUUUUGAAAACAUAUUCUUAAUUUGUCUACUGUUUGUCAGAAAAAGACAACUAAAACAAGAUAACGAGAUCUGGGAGCAAUGGAACUUGACAUGGAUUCAUCCCUCCCCAUGUGAUUAACAGUUGUGGGGAAAGUAUAGGAUGGGCAGGUAUUCUGCAAAUCUGAUGUCGCUCAUGUGGUUGCUUCCAUAACCUCAUUAAGCUUAUUUGACCACUUCAGAUUAAUGGAACGCUUUUGUCUUCUUCAGAUUCAGAGAUCAAACCUAAAAACAAUCUCGUGUCAAGCUCUCCUGGCUCAUGAAUCACGAACAUAAACUUGAUUUUUAUUUAAAAGUACAUGGGAACUUAGUAGUUGGUAGCUGUAAGUCUUACCCUUAAGUAGUGCCCUGCUUACAAUAGCAUGUGCUUCUAAGUAUACUUUCAUUUUAUGGCACAGUUGGUCAGGCAGAAAUAUUACUAUUAUACAAGACUAGUCGUAGUAAUACACAACUUUCUCCUUUUGCUUUUUUUUUUUUUUUUGAGAAAAAAAAAAUCCUUUAACAUUCACUUGGGGAAGGAGUUGUGAAUUGCAUUACUUCCUCUAUUCCUGGCCCAAUCAUGCAGAAAAUGACUAUCUGGUCACCUACAAUGAAAAGCUUAGUUAAAUGAUCAAAAGAUAGAGCAGUUGCUGCUAGCUGAGGACCCAUUGUCAAAAUUCAGCCCCAGGAUAGCUAUUUAAGACGUGCUUAUCGUCUCCUUUUCCAUUCCUGAACAGACCCUGCAUCAUAUACUUUUUCCUCUCCUUGCUUGGUUCUUGAAACGGCAAAGUUUGGUUUAUCUAUGAAUACUACUAAAACAAGCACUAGUUUUAUUAUGGACCCCAAGCAAAGAGACUUGAGGGAUUUUUCCCAUCAUUAUCACCCCCCUCCCCUCCCCAGGCUAUAAUACAGCCUCGGCACACUUUAUGUCAAAGUAGUGUAAACCCCACAGAGAGAGAUUUGACUGCCUGUGGCUGAGACAUGACAACUGCUUUACAGAGCAUGAGAAGAAAAGCUAUUAUUGCUUAUAACAGUUGGUGACGCAAGUUACAUGCCCAUCACAUUUAUGUUAAAUUGAAAUAACACAGAUGCAAACAAAUUGGAACAGCAAGGGGCCAGAGACCUCCCCUACUGAGAAGCAAUGCACAAAAGCCAAUGUCUGAAAUCAGGAACGUAUUUCCCACUGGGGACCACAGCAAGUCUGCAAUUACUUAGUAAACACAGUGGAGAAUGAAUAAACAGAGGCACACAAUGAAAAGGCUUCAGCACCAGCCCCCUUGCCCACCCCACCUGCCCUCUUGCUGUAUCUUGCUGCUUCUUGCAAUUUUCCUCCCAAAUUGUGUUCCAUCAAUGGGCAAUUCCUUCAGGUUUGGCAGAUGGAUGUCAGCUCUCCUCAAAAUUGGGUUAAGGUUUGUUUUUUCACCGUUCCAUUAAACUGUAAUUGUUUUCUCGUCGUUGAAAAGGAGACAUUGUUUUAGCUUUGUUUUAGUUAAUAAAAAACAAUGAAAGGAAAAUUCAAUGGGCAGCAGUAUAAGGAUCUCAGGAUUUCACUCAAUGGCUAGAAAAGGACAGAAAAUAUGCAAAAUCUGAAUGGCAGACAAUCAUUGUUUUCUGUACAAACAAAA